CGACUCCAACCACCCAACGCAUUCGUUACGUCCCAAGCGACACUCUUUUGACGACAGAAGCCAAGCCGAAGCCCACGCCCCGACGGCACAAAUCGUCCGCCCCCCCUUCGCGCCCACCCGUGCUAUAUAAACGUCCGGCGCGAACCUACACCCACGCACACACACGCACACAUACACACAGCAAUGGCCUCGACGGACGCCAAGCCCGCAGAAGACGCCUCCAAGGCGCAGUCCGAGACGCAAGGCCAGCUCCCGGCCGAGCAGCAGAAGCCCACGAGCACCGCCCUCGGUGAGGACGACGAGUUUGAAGACUUUCCCGUCGAUGACUGGCCCGAGGACCAGACCGAGGCGGCGCAGCAGGGCGGCAACGGCGAGGCCAAGCACCUCUGGGAAGAGAGCUGGGACGACGACGACACGAGCGACGACUUUUCGCAGCAGCUCAAGUACGCACCCGCCCGCCCGCGCCCUCAUUUGAUCAUUCCCGUUCCUCUCACUCUGGCACUCCUACCCGCCCCCAUGCGCUGUCCUAGCGACACGCGUUCUGAAACCCCUCUAUUUCCCCAUUUGCCUCCCUUCAGCGCUAUGCAUGGCAUGAUGCUGACUUUGUUGCGCUUUCUUUCUGCUAGGGAGGAGCUCAAAAAGGUGGACGCUGCGAAGCGGAGGUGAAGCGACGCUCUCAAAAGGAUGAAGGAAGUAGGAGGAUGCGGGGAGUGGACUGCGACCCGGUUGCUUCGCAUGUGAGACAGGGAGGGGACCUGCAUGGACAUAGACUCGCAAUGGAAUGGGAUUGAAGCACAUUGACGAAGCCGUACUUGGUGGACCUUCUGCCAUGAACCAACCAGGCAGGAGGCUACGAGACGACUACAGCAGGGCCUUGCCACGACACGACAGUCGAGUGACCUCACAGUCUUGUACGCCUACAACGUCAACUGCCUGUAUAAACAUUUGCCAUCUUUUUUGUUGUGUAUACAUUUCACAUCCUUACUCUUCCUACAGCAGAGACAUGCCUUGCCG